GUACCCUGCCUGGUCCCGGGCGUCGGGGUUUCGGCGGAGAGGAGCCGACGGUCUCCGGAAGCUGGGAGAUGGAUUCAGUCAUCUUGGAGGAUGUGGCUGUGGACUUCACUCUGGAGGAGUGGGCAUUGCUGGAUCCUGUGCAGAGGAAGCUCUACAGAGAUGUGAUGCUGGAAACCUUCAGGAACUUGACAUCUGUAGAUGGUGAGACCCCAUGUAAGGCCAAUGUGUCCAUUUCUGAACGGGAAACUCAUGUCGAAAAACUAUCCAAGGAAGAUAAAAUACGAAAAUUUACAGGAAAUGAUUCUUGGACCUCCAUUUUAGGAAAAAUUUGGGAAGGUCGUUACACUGAAGAUCAUAAUGAAAACCAGGGUAUACCUCUGAGAGAUUAUAUAGUCGAGAAACUCUGUGAAAGUAAUGAAGGUAAUCAGUGGGGAGAAGCCUUCAGCCAGACUCCAAAUCUUAAUCUGUGCAAGAAAACAACUACUAGAGUCCAUUCAUAUGAAUGCACCGAGUGUGGAAAAAUCUUCAUGUAUCCUUCCUCACUUAAGAGGCACAUUGCAAAUCAUUCUGGACAUAAACCCUAUCAAUGCCCAGAAUGUGGGAAAGGCUUUGCUUUCCCAUCAGAACUAAGAAGGCAUGUGAGAAUUCACAGUGGAGAAAGACCUUACACGUGUGAAUUAUGUUGGAAAACAUUCAUCCAUCUACGAUCCUAUCGAAGGCAUGAAAAAGUUCAUAGUAAAGAGAAACUCUAUGAAUGUAAACAAUGUGGAAUUACCUUCAGUUUUCUUGACUCCUUUCAAAGACAUGAAAAGUCUCACAAUAAAGAGAGAUUGAAUGAAUGUAAAGAAUGUGGUAAAGCCUUCAAGUGGCCCUCAUCUUUAACAAGACACAUGAGGACACACAGUCGAGAGAAACCUUAUGAAUGCAAGCAAUGUGGGAAAGCCUUCAAAUGGCCCAUAUCUUUAGAAACACACAUGAGAUCACACACUGAAGAAAAAUCUUAUAAGUGUAAGCGAUGUGGGAAAGCUUUCACAUGGCCUAUAUCAUUACGCACACAUAGGAGAUCACAUUGUGGAGAAAAAUCUUAUAAAUGUAAGCAAUGUGGAAAAGCUUUCAGUUGGCCCAUAUGCUUACAAAGGCAUAUGAGAGUGCACACUGUAGAGAAAGUUUAUGAAUGCAAUCAAUGUGGAAAAACAUUUCAUUGGCACUUUUCCUUACGUAGACAUUUGAUAACACACUCUGGAGCCAAACCCUAUGAAUGUAAAGAUUGUGGGAAAACCUUUAGUUGGCCCAUAUCCUUACGGGAACAUAUGACAAAGCACUCUGGCAAGAUAUUCUAUGAAUGCAAGGAAUGUGGAAAAGCAUUCUAUUAUCUCCAAUCCCUCCGAAGGCAUGAAAGGACUCACAGCAAAGAGAAAGUCUACGAAUGCAGGCAAUGCGGGAAAGGCUUCAAUCAGCUCUUCUACCUUCGGAGACAUGUGAGAAUGCACAGUGCAGAGAAACCUUAUGAAUGUAAGGAAUGUGGGAAAAUCCUCAAGUGGGCCUCAUCUUUAACAGUGCAUAUGAGAAUGCACACAGGAAAGAAGCCGUAUGAAUGUAAGCAAUGUGGGAAAGCUUUUAAUUGGUCCAUCUCCUUACGAGCACAUAUGAGAAUGCACUCUGGUGAGAAACCUUAUGAAUGCAAGCAGUGUGGGAAAGCCUUCUACUGGUCCAUUUCUUUACGAGCACAUAUGAUUACACACACCGGAGAGAAACCCUUUGUGUGUAAACAGUGUGGGAAAGGCUUCAAUCAACUUUCAUAUCUCCGACGCCAUGUAAGAAUGCAUUCUGGGGAGAAACCAUAUGAAUGUAAGCAAUGUGGGAAAGCUUUCAAGUGUCCCUCAUCUUUACCAAAACAUAUGAGAACUCACACUGGAGAGAAACCUUAUGAAUGUAAAGAAUGUGGGAAGGCUUUUGUGUCUUCUUCAGCUUUACGCUAUCAUGUGAGAACACACAGUAGAGUGAAACACUUAUCAGUGUAAUGUAUGAAUGCUUCCUAGAUAUUUAUAAAAAAUAUUGUCAGAUACUCACACUAGAAACUCUUAGAAAAGCUCUCUCUAUAGUAUUGCCUUUGUCAGUACCUCAUCUAUUAUGGACAGCUCUUGGGCCUGUAUUUUUAGUUAAUUCUUAAAUAAGAAUUAAGGUAGCAAAGACUUCUGUAUAUACCUUUUAGUAAUGAUAUGAAAAUUUGCCCAGGUUGUGUUUUGUUUUGUUUUCCCUUUCUCAUAUUAAUCUAAUACCUUUUAAGUUUAAAGUCACCUGGGCCGAUUUAUUUUGUUUAUUUGCUUUAAACUGUUUUUUUAAUAUGAAAUAUAUUGUAAUUUUAAAUGUUA